GGCGAUCAGUUGCUUCGCCGGAGAAUUUCACCAAAUCGACCAAAGUUCCGUGGCUUUUGCUUGAUCAAGAAUAUGAUGAUCAUGGCCCGCACUUUAGCUUUACUUGCGAAAUUAUGGAGUUUCGCAACUAAAGUGAAACUAGUUUGUCUACAUGUACAAAGGCAAAGCCCUCAAGUUAUUAGUAUCUGCGGCAACUCAUUAAAAGAAGGCCAUGAAGAAGCUCCUCAGCGCAGCUGCCGAUGCCGGAGACGUACCGAUAGACGUGAUUUGUAGCAUACUAUCGUAUCUCCCCGUCAAGUCGGUACUACGUUUCAGAUGCGUAUCAAAAUCAUGGUACUCUCUAAUCAAUGAUUCUCACUUUAAAAAAUCACAUCUCCUUCAUUCACAUGAUCAGGUUUUUGUUCUCCGAAGUCCGGACAAGUAUUAUAGUUUCUAUGAUGGAACCUUUUUUGAUGAUAUAGUUUCAGGAGAAUCUACAAUGGGAUCACUCUUCACCCCUAUUCCUGCUCCACCUAUAUGCAAUGGCACGAAAUUACUGGCGACUUGUGAUGGCUUGUUACUCGUGAGAAACCGUGAUGAUGACCAGUUAACUUUAUUGAACCCUUUGACUGGACAGCGUCGUAUCUGCAGGAUGUUAAAUAUGAUUGUUUGUCGUCACCGGGCAGUUCUUAUUACGACUUGGGUUAUGAUUCGUCAGCGGAUGACUAUAAGAUUGUUGGCGGAAGGUUAAAUAUUUCAGGGUAUGUGACCCCGACAAGAAUGCCGUAAAUCUAAAUUGAUCUCUGAAUUGGGCACAGCUGCACAUUUGUUCACCAGGAGAAGAUGGGUUUUCGACAGCCAAGAUUGUUUCAUUUUCUCUAGCAAAUUAACGAGACGAUAACAGAGAUGAAACUUCCUUGUUAUUACAAUGGUUUGCUAUGGCGGAAUUUGGGUGUUUUGCAAGGAUGUCUUUGUUUAACAGUCGUCGAAAAUAUGACUCGCUCGCUCACCAUCUGGUUAAUGAAAGAAUUCGGAGCGACAAACUCGUGGACUAAGGUUAUUACCUUGCCACAAAUAGGAGUCAGUGGUUCAACUCUAUUGCCAGUUAAUCAUAUGAACAAAACAGUUAUCCUUGACAAAUGGGUUGGUGUUGACCUGUUGAUUCUGAAUGAUUUAGAGGCAGAAGACUAUAAAAUUGUUAAGAUAUCCAAUUUCCAUACGAAAAAUCAUCUAGUUACAUUUUCAAGGAGCUUAAUUUCACCAAAUUAAAUUUCCAACUUAUUAUUUGCUU